AUGGAUGAAGCGUUCGGUCCUGCCCGAGGAGUCUCCGGUACCCGCGUGCCCGCACCCGCUCUCGGGCUCCCGGCACCGCAGCCGCGCGGAGGGGGCGGCUCCGCCACCACCACCUGUGGCGGCGGGAUGGCGGAGCUCGACAUCAGCGCGGAGGCAGUGAUGGGCUUCCUGAGGGAGCGCGGCGGGCGGGUGCGCAACACCGAGCUGGUGAGCGCCUUCCGGCCGCUGCUGGAGGCCGCCGGGGCCGGGGCCGGGGCUGGGGAGGCGGAGGGGCGGGCGGCGCGGCGGGAGCGCUUCAAGGCGGCGGUGAACGCCGUGGCCACGGUGAAGGAGACCGACGGCGUCAAGUUCGUGGUGCUGAAGCGGCAGCUCCGCGCUGCCCCGCCGGCGGGGGGCGAUGCCGGCGCCCCUGUCCCUGCUCCCGUCCCCGACCCGGUUCCCGUCCCCGACCCGGGCCCCGCCGGGACGCCCCCCGAGGAGCCGCCGGGCGUGCGCUGCGUGCCGGCCCCCGCCGCCGCCGGGCCGCCCGAGCAGCCCAGCCCGCUGUCCCCGCCGCCGCUGGACGAGGAGGCCGGGUCCCGCUCGCCCGGGCUGCGGAGGGGGGCCAAGAACCACCGGGCCAGCGAGGAGACGGUGGUGCCGCUGGAGCAGGCGGAGCACCAGUGGCUGGUGCUGGCGGCCGACGGGCAGUGGACGCAGCAGCUCCACGGGCUGCUGCUGGGCGACGCCAGCCUGGCGGCUCGCAGGGACUUCAUCUCGGGCUUCACCGCCCUGCACUGGGCCGCCAAGAGCGGCAACUGCGACAUGGUGACCAACAUCAUCCGGGCGGCCGAGAAGGGCGGGUCCCGCGUCAAUGUGGACGCCAGGUCGCACGGUGGCUACACGGCGCUGCACCUGGCUGCUAUCCACGGCCAGGAGAAGAUCAUCACCAUGCUCGUCUACAGCUACCACGCCAAGAUUGACCUGAGGGACUACAGUGGGAAGAAGCCGCACCAGUACUUAAAGGAAGGGACAUCCCUUACAAUUAGGCGUUUGCUGGGGGACCCCAGCCUUUCCCAAAACAUGGAACACUCCGUGCCCAUCAAGAAGUCUACAAAGCUUGCGGCUUCAAUCUUGAGCUCCACGAGCACUUUCCUGGGAGUCAUAUCCGAUGACAUGGCUUUCUAUGAUCUCACCAAAGGUUUAAGGAGGCCCUCAACUUUAAACAAGCUUCUGACUGCCACUACGGGCCCGAGGAGGAAGCCGAAGAUCAGAGGGGGCUUCCCUUCAUAUUCCUCACUCUCUGAGGUAGCGGAGGAGGAGGAAGAGGUUGUCGUGAAACGCAGACCUGUUUCUGAGCUGUUCUUUGGCCACUAGCCUCUGCCUUACUGUGAUCAACAUGGUUUAAUAGCACGGCUGCUGUCUCAGCUUUCUCUUGCAGAAGAGUUUGGAUUUUUUCUGUCUGUGUCUGUCUUUUUGGGUUUUUAACUGAAUCAGUGGUAGGGUGUACAUCCAGAGCCCACAGCGUGGAGCCCAGCCCCAGGUGCCUGUGGAAAGGGAGCUGCCAGAAGAGCUGUCCAUGCUGUGUGUACCAUCGUGCUGGUCUGUUGGUGGAGACCACAGACUUUGCACCUAAUGGUUGAAAAACUAACAGCCUAUGUGUGUGUGGACAGGUAAAAAUGCCUGAGGUACAGCCUUCUUGAUCUGUGUUCAGCUGGAGGGCAGAAGCAAGUGAAGGAUUGCAUAUUUUACACUGUGAACACCAAGCUGGUAGCUGGCUACUUUAACAAGGCUUGUUAUCUAACAGGAUUAAAUUAUCAGAGGAAAGAUGCAUAGUUUUCUAUGAUGUUUCUGAAUAUUUUGGUAGUAGAAGAAGGAUAUUUCUAUUUACAAAAAUGGUAUACUUUUUAAAAACAAAGUUUCUCACUUUGAGAGCUUCUCACUCCCUCAGUAUUUCACAUCAGAAAUACUAACAUAACAAUCUCAAUUGUUGCCUGAUGCAUUUUAUUAGCUAAAUUACUUUAAAAGAUAGACCCUGACCUUCAGCACUCACGUCACCAUGACUUGUCUACCUCAGUUGGAAAGCUUGGCUAGUGGUUUAAGAUUUUCUCUCUUCCUGAAAGACUUAUUGACCAGGUGGUACUUACCACAUGUCUUGACAAUACUGUGAACAUUUAAACUUCACUGUUGUUCAAUGACUUAAGCUGAAUAAAGAACCUUAUUGAUUGUGAAAAAUUGAACUGAAAAACUGGGAAUUGGAUCUCUCAGAGUUUCUGAGUAGCCAACUGGAAACAAAGUUAGGCUUGUAUGUCUGAUUAUUUUGUUUAAAACUUGGCCCCUUUUGACCUAUUUACAAUAAAUAUUUAUAAACAUGGGGCUUUAUGUAAUGUUAGGUGUUUCAUGAUAGAACCUCUGCAUGACCUCUUGAAGCAGCAUUUAUCUCAACAGCCUGAAUCAUUGACCUAAAACGAACUCUUCUUCUUCUUUUAAAUGAUAAACGUAAUUGUUCUAUAUAUAGAACUACAUAUAGCUCAAAAAGCAUGCUAACUGCAUGUUAGGUUUGCACUAAGACUAUUAUUAUUUUAAUUACUGCUUGGUUAAAAUUAAUGCAAAGAGCUGUGAACAGAAUCUGACUUCUGGAACAAGUCUGCUACACCAGCACGUUUUCUUUAAAACUGUGAUAGAAACCUGUACCAUUGAGAGGUGCUGAAGGUGAGAGCAAUGCUGCACUGGCUCUGUUUGGGUUUCUGCAUUGAAACACUAGUUUGCAUGCUUUGCAGUUUGUUUUCCUUCCAGGUCAGUGACUUCAGGAAUGUUUUGUUUUUUUCUGCCUUGCAUUAAACCUAGUAUUUGUAAUUGGUUCUAAUUGGCUUGUCCUAAACACUCACAAGGAAUGCUGUAGGACUGAAGAUGGAGGCACUGCCCUCUUUACUUCAAAACACUCUCCCUGAAGUUCCUGGAGUUGGUGACAUUCGUUGGGAAUGUGAUCAGAGGUUGCAGCCAGCUCUGAUGCACCUGUUCUAGGAAGAGACUGCAUUAUUCUGCACCGGUCUGCUUCUGGAUUGAACUAAUUAAGUUGUUAAGCAGAGGUUAAUGAUCAAGCACCUCAUGACUACUAUAUCUGGAGUAGGGUUUAAAAAAAAUAAAAUCCAAUUUGCUCUA